GCGGAUCUGAAAUAUGCAGGCAACGUGGCGCAAUAAGGGACAUCGUCUCGUAACCCAAGCCUCUUGUUUAUUUCGCCCAGCCUGAGACGUGCAUAACCGCUGGGAGGAAAGAUGCCGUUUCCGUUCUUGGCCAGGGUUUACCCCAUAAUAUGCGGGAGGCCAAGGCGGUAAAAUGCGGGCGGGAGUGAUCAGAUAGCCGACUCCUCCGCAUUGUGGUGAGGUUCAGGCUUGUGAGGCCUCUCGUGAAGAUAACUUCAUCAUCCGACUUUGUAUCUUGGCACAUAUGCAUGUCUCGCACUGGAACACAGCCUCAGAGAUGGAAAGAGGAGGAGAGUGCGGGGUUGGAUGAGGGAUGAGUUGUAUAUAAAGACGCUGUUCUCUGUUCUACAAUUGUUCAAAACAGUUCACAUCAUCACAGUUCCUCCUUUCUCCUUCAACGAAACUUAUCUCUCUACUCUCAACAACCUUCAAAAUGGGCAGACUCGACAACGACAACUGGCUGUACCCAGGCGACAGCCUCACCAGCGAUAGCGGCAGCAACGAAUUCAGGAUGCAAGAAGACGGCAAGAUCGCUAUCUACUGGGAAGGUGAAUUUGUGUGGCAGAACACAGAAGACCAGCGCGACGACAUCAAGGGAGUUCAUCUUCAAGAUGACGGAAACUUUGUCUUGUAUACCCAUGACGACGAAGCUGUUUGGGCUUCUGACACUUGUGGCCACGGCGAUGAGGUCUAUCUCGCUGUGCAGGAUGAUGGAAAUGUUGUCUUGUACAAGGGCGAGGAUGAUGAGGCAGAGGCCAUCUGGGCGACUAGCACCAACCAGAUUUAAGCAUCUCAGGCUAGUUAUUCAUCUGUAGAGAAGACGAGGAAUAAAAAAAACGAUAUCACCAUGGUA